AUGUCCUCAGUCGUUCCUACUCCACUCACAUCCGUCUCCUCUAACGCUCAGCAUGGCUCAACCAGCUCCGAUCACACCUUCCGAAAGAGUGCUACCUUCACUAGACACAGCGGAAGUAGGGCCGAUGGUCGUGGUUCUAUCGUUGUCCAUACCAGCACUUUCGAUCAAUCUUCAACUUUCAUCAUCCUGCUGUCCUCAAGCCUCCAAACCAAACCCCUCGGUAAACCGCGAUCUCCCGUCUCCUCUUCUCUCUCCGUCAAUCUCACCGGGGCGCUUGUCGUUCCGUAUAAGCAGCUUAAUUAA